AUGCACAAGAGCACAGAGGGCUCCAGCUCAGGCUUCAGCAGCAGCGGCACAGGCUUUGCAGAUGAAGAGCUGGAAGGCUCAUCUCUCCUUGCUUGGCUGCUGCUACUGAAGGGGGAUGUCCCCUUGUCCUCACCACCCCCCAGCCUGAUAGAAAGCAUCUUCUGAUACAUCGAUCUCCAUCAGAAUGAAUUUGUGCAGACGCUGAAGGAGUGGGUGGCCGUUGAGAGCGAUUCUGUUCAACCCACACCUCGCUUCAGACAGGAGCUCUUCCAAAUGAUGGACGUGGCUGCAGACAAGCUCCAGAGCCUGGGGGCCAGCGUGGACACCGUGGACAUGGGCGCUCAGCAGUUGCCUGAUGGUCAGAGCCUUCCCAUACCUCCCGUCAUACUAGCUGAACUGGGGAACGAUCUGAAGAAACCCGCUGUGUGCUUCUACAGCCACUUGGACGUGCAGCCUGCUAAACAGGAGGACAGGUGGCUCACGGACAUUUACACGCUGACGGAGGUGAAUAGAAAACUUUACGAACGAGGAACGAUGGACAAAGGCCCUGUGUUAGUUUGGAUGAGCGCUGUGAGCGCCCUCGGAGCCCUGGAGCAAGAUCUCCCCGUGAAUAUCAAAUUCAUCAUUGAAGGGAUGGAAGAAGCUGUUGUUGCCCUAGAGGAACUUGUCAAAAAAGAGAAGGACCGAUCCUUCUCCAGCGUGGACUACAUCGUAAUUUCAGAUAAUCUGUGGAUCAGCCAUAGGAAGCUGGCACUCAUUUUCGGAACCCGGGGAACAAGCUACUUCAUGGUGGAGGUGAAAUGCAGAGAUCAAGAUUUUCAUUCAGGAACCUUUGGUGGGAUCCUUAAUGAACCAAUGGCUGAUUUGGUUGCUCUUCUAGGUAGCCUGGUAGAUUCGUCUGGUCAUAUCCUGAUUCCUGAAAUCUAUGACCAGGUGGCUCCUCUUACAGAAGAGGAAGAAAAAAUGUACAAAGCCAUUGAUCUGGACCUGGAAGAAUACCGGAAUAGCAGCCAGGUUGAGAAAUUUCUGUUUGAUAGCAAGGAGGAAUGGCUGAUGCACCUGUGGAGGUACCCAUGUCUUUCCAUUCAUGGGAUUAAGGGCACAUUUGAUUCACCUGGAGCUAAAACUGUCAUACCUGGCUGAGUGACGGGAAAGUUUUCAAUCUGUCUAGUCCCUCACAUGAACAUGUCCAUGGUGGAAAAACAGGUGACCCGGCAUCUUGAAGAUGUAUUCUCUGAAAGAAAUAGUUCCAACCAGAUGACUGUUUCUAUGGCAUUAGGACUACACCUGUGGAUCACAAAUAUUAAUGAUACUCAGUAUCUUGCAGCAAAAAGAGCGAUCAGAACAGUGUUUGGAACAGAACCAGAUAUGAUCUGGGGUGGAUAAACCAUUCCAGUUGCCAGUAUAUUCCAGGAGACUCUCCAAAAGAGUGUGUUGAUGCUUCCCCUAGGAGCUGUUGACGAUGGAGAACACUGUCAGAAUGAGAAAAUCAAUAGAUGGAACUACAUAGAGGAAUCCAAACUAUUUGCUGCCUUUUUCCUAGAGAUGGCUAAGCUGCAUUAA